AUGACUUGUGUGAAAAUUGCUUCAUACUCGGUCAUUGUGAAUGACUCCCCUCUAGCUCCAUUCCCAGCAAAGAAAGGAUUAAGACAAGGAGAUCCUUUGUCUUCCUACUUGUUUGUGCUUGUUAUGGAGUAUCUCACAAGGAUUUUGAAGGGUUUACAGGGGCACAAACAUUUCAUGUUUCAUCCGAGGUGUAAACAAUUGAAGCUUACUCAACUUAGCUUUGCUGAUGAUCUUUUAUUAUUUUGUAAAGGUAAUUUGAAAUCUGCUCAGCUACUUUAUCAAGCAUUUCAGUUAUUUUCAAGGGCUUCUGGGCUGGAUGCUAAUAUUGACAAGAGUCUAUAUAUUUUGGAGGGGUUAAACAAGAGGUUCAACAAGCUAUUCUGGCAGCUUUACGGUUCACAAAAGGGUCCCUGCCCUUCAAUAUUUUGGUCUCAAGUAUUUGUCUUGCCAAAGAAAGUGAUCCAGGUGAUUGAUGCUACAUGUAGAACAUUCUUGUGGACUGGUGGAUGUGAAAUAUCGAAGAGAUCUCUUAUUGCUUGGGAGAGACUAUGUCUGCCUAGAGUUGCUGGUGGGCUGAAUAUUCUUGAUAUAUACCAGUGGAACCAUGCUGCAAUCGGUAAACUAUUGUGGAAUAUUUGCAGGAAGAAGGAUGCAUUGUGGGUUAAAUGGGUGCAUCUCUAUUAUAUAAAGGAUGGCGCAGUAUGGGAGGCGCAGGCGCAACAAGCUUCCUGGAUGGUACAACAGAUUCUGAGUGCUAAGAAGACUUUUGAUAUAGCAGGGAUGACUGAAAACGAAGUCACACAGUUGCCUAGCUACUCUAUUAGAAAGAUUUAUGGAUUGCUUAGAGAAGAAUGGCCAAAGAUUCCAUGGAGAAGACUAGUCUGCAAUAACAAAGAAGUGCCAAAAUGGGUAUUUAAUCUGUUUCUUGCACUCCAUAAAAGGCUCCAAACAAAGGACAGAUUAGCUUGUUGGGUGAAUUUGGAAGAUAUGCUUUGCCCUCUAUGUCAAGAGGAGAACGAAGACAUUGACCAUCUGUUGUUUCAGUGCAAUUAUGCAACAAAAAUAUGGGUAAACCACUGCAAUGGUUGA